CCACUGUCCCUCUGGCAGAAUGUCCCCCCUCACCACCCCGCACUGCACCGCCCACCAUGAAGUCUGCGGAGUUCUUUGAUAUGCUGGAGAGAAUGCAGGAUGAUUAUAUCCCCUACCCACGGAUAGAAGCCAUCCUGGAGAAGGGUGGUCCGUACCCCCAGGUAAUCCUGCCACAGUUUGGGGGUUACUGGAUCGAGGAUGUGGAGGCACAAGCAGGGACCCCCUCCUCCUCGGAGUCUAGUUUCUGUGAGGAGGAGGACAGGGAAGAUGGCAUGAGCCCUGGUGGGGGGCAUAGUUACCGCCUGGAGUGUAACAGCACAGCCCGUGCCUACCGCAAACACUUCUUAGGCCAGGAACACAUGAACUACUACUGCACAGGCAGCAGCAUCGGGAACCUCAUCAUGUCCCUGAAACACGAGGAGGCAGAGGGACAGGAGUUCCUACGCAUCAUGCUCAGGUCGAGGACCAAAUCAGUCCAUGACAGGAUCUCUUUAGCAGGCAUCAACCAGCUGCCCAGUGUGCCUCAGAUCGCCAAGCUUCUGUGUGAAGAUGCAACAGGGCUGAAGUUCAACCCGGCCUUGUACCCUCGGGGAUCCCAGUUGAUUGUGGCUUUUGACGAACAUGAGGUGAACAACACCUUCAAAUUUGGAGUCAUCUACCAGAAGUUUGGGCAGACGUCAGAGGAAGAGUUGUUUGGGAACAACGAGGAGACACCAGCGUUCAAGGAGUUACUCAGUAUCCUUGGUGACAACAUUGAUCUGCAGGACUUUAAAGGGUUUCGCGGAGGGCUGGAUGUGUCCCACGGACAGACGGGCUCUGAGUCUGUCUUCACUGUCUUCAGACAGAGAGAGAUUAUGUUCCAUGUGUCAACAAAGCUUCCCUUCACCGAGGGAGACGUCCAGCAGCUUCAGAGGAAGAGGCACAUAGGAAAUGACAUCGUGGCCGCAGUCUUCCAGGAAGGGCCCACACCGUUUGUCCCAGACAUGAUUGCCUCCAACUUCCUGCAUGCGUAUGUGCUGGUGCAGGUUGAGAACCCGUGUACAGAGCACACAACAUACAAGGUGUCUGUGACAGCGAGGGAGGACGUGCCUCCUUUUGGACCCCCUCUCCCGAACCCAGCCGUCUUCAAGAAGGGUCCGGAGUUCCGUGACUUCCUGCUGACAAAGCUGAUAAAUGCUGAAAACGCCUGCUACAAAUCCGACAAAUUCGCCAAACUAGAGGGGCGAACGCGAGCUGCGCUGCUGGACAACCUCCACGAUGAGCUGCACAGGCAGAGCCAGGCCACGCUGGGCCUGGGCCAGGCGGGAGAGGAGGACAAGCUGGAGAACGGGGGACAUGGGGGUCUGCUGGAGUCCUUCAAGAGAGCCAUGCGUGUCAGGAGCCACUCCAUGGAGACCAUGGUGGGGUCUCACCGCCAUCGGAGCCCUGGGGUAGGAGGCGGGGUCCCAGCCAGCCUGAGUGGCGGCGGUCUGCCGCAAAGCACCAGCGAAUGCACAAAGAGCACCUUUACUCCUCCCGUGUUGUCAGGCAAGUCUCCACUGAAGAGCCCGGUGAAACGGCGCUCAGGCCUCUUCCCUCGUCUCCACUCCAGCACAGAAACCCCCUCGGACAAACACGCACGCGGUGAUCAAAAGCCUGCCGAGUUUUGCCCGCUGUCCCAAGAAGCGAGGUCAGAGACGUCAUCCAAUCCCAGCUCUCCUGAGAUAUGCCCUAACAAAGAGAGGCCAUUCAUCAAGCUGAAGGAGUGCAGCGGCGGCAGGCCCAACAUAUCUCGCUCUUCAUCCAGCACCAGCAGCUUCAGCAGCACCACAGGAGAAACAGAGGCUCUGGAGGAAUUGGACACAGGUAGUCACCCCUCGACAGCUGCCUCCUCUGCCUUCAGCCCCUCUCUCAGUGUCGACAGCCAGGGAUCAGGCACCCCUGUCAUCAUGUGCCGCAGUCCAACACCUGCUGCAGAUGGAAAAAACAAGACGUCACCAAGGUCAAACUUGAAGUUCCGCUUUGACAAAAUGAGCCACUCAUCUACAGCUUCCGAGUAGCAUCGCGGAACCGGAACAAACAGACUUGCACAACAAAGGGACAACACAGGCUGAUGGAGCUGCAAAAAUAAUAAUAAUCAUUUUCUAGAAAAAUUAAGAAAUCACCACCACAACCACAUAAUCACUGUAGAUGCCUAAAGCCAAGGAUAAUCUGACAAUAUUCCCAACUGCAACAAUACUGUGAGUGUAUAGGGAGGAAGAACAGCUGAUUUAUUUUCCACCCAAUUUUAGCUGCAGAAAUUAGUUGAUGUUACAAGUUGGUGUAUCUCAGUUGCUAUUUGCUCCCAUCGUCUUAAAAGUCCCGGCAUGGCUGUAAUACUGUGAGCGUAAGCUGAGCUCCACUGUGCCUCAGCUACUUCUCAAUCAUCUUAUUUGAUAGAAAGAUACAGAGAUCUGAACGUGAGACCUUAUGGCCGAACUGUUACUCUGUAUCCAGUGAACUGCUGAGAGGUCAAGAGGACGUCUUCGAGAACUGUCAGACAAAAAGAUGUUGCUUUUGCCUUUGGCCCCGAAUGGUACUU